AUGGCGUCCGUGAAGAGCCGAAAGCGGGAAGACUACCCAUUCAUCCUCGACUACCGCACACGCUGGAGCGAUAAUGACAUGUAUGAUCACAUGAACAAUUCCAUCUACAACUUUAUAUUUGACUCUGCCGUCAAUGCUUAUUUGAUUGAGCAUUGCGGGCUUUUACCUCCCACGGCCACUGAGACUCCUCUUGCUGUUCACUCGCACACGGACUACUUCGCCUCAAUAGCCUACCCGGCAGUUGCAGAGGUCGGUGUCCGGGUGAACAAGCUCGGCAAGUCGAGCGUCACGUAUGAAGUAGCUCUUUUUGAGCGAGGGGUGGAGGGUGUCAAGGCUGUUGGCGAGUUUGUCCAUGUCAUGGUCGAACGAGCAACGGGCCGCCCAACAGCGACAGGCAUGAGCGACAAACUGCGUACUGCCUUGGAGAGGAUUCAUAAGGACAGGCCAAAGGGUAGCAAGCUGUAA